UGUUGUCUUCCAAGGUAAAAGCUGCUUAGAAAUUGACUGGAUGAUUACUUGUGGAAGAUGGUGAUCAUCUUUACAUCGGAAGUUAUUGCCUAUACAUAAUUUGUGUUUGGUUUUUUUUUUCCUCUUUCCUCACUUACUAAACUGUCUUUAUCUCAACAUGAGUUCUUUUGCUUUUGAUCUUCUUAUUCUCUUCACCAUGCUGCUGUGGGAGUGAGGGAACUGAAACAUAUAUGUUCUGUGUAAACCUAAGGAAAGAUUUAUGCAAAAUAUGUGAAUAUGCACACUCUUCUAUGGUGUGUCAGCCCUGGCCAUUAUGAAGCUAUGUAGAGAUCCUCAGUUUACAGUAUGAAUCCAGGAUCAGCACAGUCCACACAGCACUACCCCAAAACUAGGAAAUAAAUAGUAAAGAGGUGCAUUCCUUAAACGUGGGGCCAAGUAAAAAGUUUUUGUAACUAGUAAACUGCUACAGAAUGUCCAGAGCAAGACAUCCAUAUGCAGACAGCUUCAUGAGAAUGAAAACUGACCUGGGAUAACUCCUUGUAUGGUAACCGCUGAGUCACAGCCUGAACCAUUGAUUGACCACCUGGGCAAAAGACUCAGUCUACCCUGGGAGUACAGGUGAAGGCAGUUUACCUGUGUGACAGGAAGGGGUGGAGCCUGGCUGCACCUCUCUUAGACCUCAUUUAAGGGCUGACUGUGACUGACUGCUGGCUGUUGUCUCUUCUUGGAGAUCCCUCCUUGGUGAAGCUUUCAUUUGCAAACCUAGAUUCUUCAGGUACAGGCUGAACAGACUCCUGCAGUGCUCCUGUUCCCUGUGAUGACCUUAGUGCCAACCAGAGCUUAAUCAAGAGAGAGACACAAUAUUCUCUGAAAGACAAGGUCCCUGUGCCCAGACAGAGCAGAUGUCCAACAGCAGCUCCACCACUGAGUUCCUCCUCCUGGCAUUCACAGACACACGGGAGCUGCAGCUCCUGCACUUCUGGCUCUCCCUGGGCAUCUACCUGGCUGCCUUCCUGAGCAAUGGCCUCGUCAUUACAGCUGUAGUCUGUGAUCAUCAUAUGCACACUCCCAUGUACUUCUUCCUCCUUAACCUUGCCUUCUGUGAUCUGGGCUCUAUCUCCACCACUCUCCCCAAAGCCAUGUCCAAUUUCCUUUGGGACAGUGGGGCCAUCUCAUACACAGGAUGUGCUGCACAAGUAUUUUUUCUCUUUUUCUGUACUACAGCUGAGUGUGCUCUUCUUACUGUCAUGUCCUAUGACCGCUACAUUGCCAUCUGCAAGCCCCUGCACUAUGGGACCCUGCUGGGCAGCAGAGCUUGUGCCACCAUGGCAGCAGCUGCCUGGGGCUCUGGGCUCCUCAAUGCUCUGCUGCACACUGCCAGUACAUUCUCACUGCCACUCUGCCAAGGCAAUGCUGUGGACCAGUUCUUCUGCGAAGUUCCCCAGAUCCUCAAGCUCUCCUGCUCCAGCUUCUAUCUCAGGGAAGUUGCUCUUCUUGUGGUUAGUCUCUCUUCUGCAUCUGGGUGCUUGGUUUUCAUUGUGCUCUCCUAUGCGCAGAUCUUCAGGGCUGUGCUGAGGAUGCCCUCUGAGCAGGGCCGGCACAAAGCCUUCUCCAUGUGCCUCCCUCACCUGGCUGUGGUCUCCCUGUUUGUCAGCACUGGCACCUUUGCCUACCUGAAGCCACCCUCCGUCUCCUCCCCAUCCCUGGACCUGGCUGUGGCAGUGCUGUACUCGGUGGUGCCCCCAGCAGUGAACCCUCUCAUCUACAGCAUGAGGAACCAGGAGCUCAAGGGUGCCCUGAGUAGUCUUUUCAGAAGUAAACAUCUGUCUUUCUUCUUCUGCAAAUCAUUCAUAGUAAAACUCUUGAUUGUCAGAACCUGUCAUUUGCUCAUGUUGGCUUUUUUCCCCUUUGGUUUUCUGUGAAAACAUUCUCCACAGAGAAAUGCCACUUGUCAUUCCUCCUCAGUACCUAAACAAAAUAAAGGGCCUUACAACAAC